UAAUGAGCUGUUUGCGGCCGUCAGGGAGGUGGUGCAAACCAUGACAGCGUUUCGUCCCCAGCUCAAGAAGAUCCAAAACACCUUGGGCAGAAUAGAACCAAUCAUUAGGAUUGGGACGAGUUCAACAACCGGCUGGACCGCAAUCCGAAAGAGUUGCGUCCGAUCAAGGACCUAUUGAAGAAAGGCAAAGGACUUGUCCGGAAGUGCUCAAGUAUCCACCGGUUCAACAUGCGCAAGAAGUAUACGCACUCCAACAAGCUCAAGGCAUUCAAUGCAGAAUUAAUGGGGGAUUUCAAGCUUUACAUCCAACUGCUGGACGCGAGAAACAACAGCGAGAUGUUGUGGGAGGUGAAGGAGAUUGGGUUAGGAGUCAAGCAGUUGAUCCUUUCCAGUCAAGAGAACGGCGGGGCCCUAAAGAGCGGAUUUGGGGCUGCGGGCAACCUCGCGGUCCCUGACGCGCCUGAUUUCAUUGUUGGGUCAGUGGUGGAGGCGUCCUUGUGGAAGCUCAGGGAGCAUUUGCUGGAGGAGGGAGUGUCUGUGAUUGUUGUGACCGCUUCGGGCGGGUGCGGGAAGACGACCCUGCUGAAGAAAUUGUGUCAUGACAAGGAUGUUGAAGGCAAAUUCAACAUCAUGUUCGUCCCUGUCUCGAAGAAGCCCACCCUGACAGACAUUAUCCGGAAAAUGAUUCAACAUAAUGGUUUAGAUGUACCUGAGAUUGUAACAGAAGAUGAUGCAGUUCGUUACUUGCAGCAACUGCUCAUCAAAAUAGGCCAAAAUCCUGUGUUGCUUGUGCUGGACGAUGUUUGGACUGACUCGCAAUCCAUAAUUGAGAAAUUUGUCUUCAAGAAGAUCAAACAUUACAAAAUUGUGGUGACGUCAAGAUAUGAAUUUCCUAAUGUUGAUCUUGUGCAUCACCUGAACCCAUUGCCUCAUGAGGAAGCCCUGGAACUUUUUCGUCGAUCUGUUACUGUCAAUGGUAGAAGGUUGGUUGCGCCGGAUGAUGAGCUCUGGGAUAAGAUAGUGAAACGCUGUAAGGGAUUGCCAUUGGCUCUUACAGUCGUUGCCAAGUCUCUCCGAGGAAAGGAUCGUUCGUUUUGGGAAACAAAGCUUCGUAAUUUGUCCUGUUUGGGUAUGGACAGUGACAUUCUAGAUUGCCUCAGAAAGAGCUUGGAUGACCUGGAUGGUAACACUUCAAUCAAGGAGCGUUUCAUGGACCUCGGCUCAUUUCCAGAGGAUCGCAAGAUCCCCGCCACUGCCCUUAUUGAUAUGUGGGUGGAGUUGUACAGGCAAGAUUUCGAUGGGACAUUUACCAUUAAUGACCUCCAUCAACUCUUUUACAGGAACCUAGCUGAUCGUGUAAUCACCAGGAGAGAUUCAAAUGAGGACGAGGACAAAUGUUACAACAACCUCUAUGCUACACAGCACGAUCUUCUCAGAGAGUUGGCUAUCAAGGAGUGCAACCAGGGGGACGUAGAGAACAGAAAGAGACUCAUUCUGGACUUAGCCAGAAAUAAUUUUCCCGAUUGGUGGAGCAAGCAAGAGCAACAGACUCUUGGUGCUCGUCUAGCGUCCAUCUCCAAAGGUUGGAACUUUGUCUUUCUCGAUUGGUGGAGUAAGCAAAAGCAACCGACUCUUGGUGCUCGUCUAGUGUCCAUCUCCACAGAUGGAACAUUCUCAACACCUUGGCCAAAUCUUCAAUUACCUGAAGUUGAGGCUCUUGUCUUGAACUUCGAGACCAACAUUCAAACCAAAACUUAUACUUUGCCGAAAUUCAUUAAGAAAGCAAAUAAACUCAAGGCUCUAAUUGUAACAAAUUACAAUUUCUUUCCAGCUGAGCUGUGCAAUUUCCAUGUCGUUGGGCCCAGUUUAAGGAGGAUCAGGCUCGAACGUGUCACAAUUUCUCUCCUAAGCAUGGGAAAGCUACGCCUGCACAAUCUGCAAAAGAUAUCAUUUUUCAUGUGCAACAUAGGGCAAGCUUCAACAUCAAACAACGCCAAAAUCUCUAAUGCAAUGCCAAAAUUAGUGGAGCUCAACAUCGACUAUUGCGAUGAUCUUGUGACGUUACCAGAUGGCAUCUGUGAGAUAAAGCCUUUGAAGAAGCUUAGCAUCACAAACUGUCAUAAUUUCUUUGCACUCCUUGGACAACUUGGGCAAUUGACCUCCCUCGAAGUGGUUAGGCUUAAUUUGUGCACAAAUUUGUUGGAAUUACCAAACUCAAUUGGAACCCUCCAAAAAUUGGUAUCUCUCAAUAUAUCUGAUUGCUUGAGCUUGAGUACUUUGCCCACUCAAAUUGUUCAACUGGUUAAUCUCAAGAGGAUAAACAUGAGAGGAUGUUUGAGGUUGUCUGUGCUACCACGGUCAAUCCAAAGGUUGAGAAACUUGAAGAAGGUGAUUUGUGACAAAGAAAGUGAAAUCUUGUGGGAGCCUCUCAAGAACAAUCUCAAGAGCUUGAAUAUAUUGGCGUCUGAAGAAGAGGCUAACUUAGAUUGGCUGCAUGAUUAAGAAGAGGGCGAUCAACCAAUGAUCUAUGGGCUUUAUCUA